AUGGACAGGCAAACCAUCAUCGAGACCAACCGGUCGCUGCGCACCAUCAAAAAUGAACUCGAGAAUCUCCUCGAGAAGGGCGUCAUCUCGGAAGCUGCCUACGACAACAUUCACGCCACUCUUCCCGCUGAGACCCCCCUUCACGGCGCCGCAUCCCGUGCCGCAAACAAUGCUGCGACCCCCGUCCAGAACAAUAACCCCACGUCGCCUCCCCCCACCGAGGCCAUGGCAGCCCUGAAUGUCAACCCGACCCCGGCGCCACCGUCCUACGCUCAGACGGGGCCCCCAUCUCUGCCGGCGCGCGCCAACGAGAAGCCCGUCAUUGCCCACGCCCGCGCCCUUUACCGAUACGCCGGCGCCGACGCCCGCGACGUGGCCUUCGAGCGCGACGACCGCAUCGCCAUCCACGAGUACAUGAACGCCGACUGGUGGAUGGGCCGCAACCUCCGCACCGGCCAGGAGGGUAUCUUCCCUAAGACGUAUGUCAUGGUUGAGCAGGACUCGGCCAAGGGAGCCUUCGCGCCGCCGCCCGCCCAGCCUCAGUAUGCGCCUCAACAGAACCAGUGGGCUCCUCAGCCGCAGUACGCCACGCCACAGCCGCAGUACGCCCAGCCCCAGGGCCCGCCGCCUCAGCAGAACCCGUACAACGCCGACGUGCCGCCCCAGGCCGUCGCUGAGCAGGGCACCGGCGGCAAGGACAGCAAGGGCGCCGAGAUGGGAAAGAAGUUCGGCAAGAAGCUCGGAAACGCAGCCAUCUUUGGUGCCGGCGCCACCAUCGGUUCCAACAUUGUCAACAGCAUCUUUUAA